AAAUUUGAGAGGCGCACACACCCACGAGGACACGGAUCAUACAGCUGGGUCCACAUGUUCCACAGCUCUGUUGCUCGGAAACUUUUUAGUCCACUUCAUAAAAUCCACUGAGGAUGGAGAGGUCAGACAACUUCACAACGCCCCAAGUUCUUCCCCUGCAGAGGGCUAAUGACGCGUCCCAAAUUGACAAAAGCAAUGGCAACGCAUACGUGUACAUUUUCAUAGUAAUCUCCUUCUAUGGGGUCUUCCUCGUUGGUAUAAUGCUGGGCUACGUUCGCUCCAAAAGGCGGGAGAAGAGAAGGUCGAACGUGUUUACGCGCCUGGUGCACGAGGAGGAGCAGCGGGAAUGGGGCGCGCUGCAAAAGAAGAACAGCAUCACCAUGCCCUCCUUCCAGGUGUCGCUUCCCUUCUCCACCGGGAACCAGGACCUCUAUGAAGGAAGGGUCCUGAGCUCCCCUCUGGCCUGCGCCCUGUGCUCUAUUGAGCAAAGCAGCGUCAGUUCACUGUGCUCCUCCGCCGACGUGCGCUUCGCAAUCGAGGAGGAGUCGGACAGCGGGACGGCGGUGGGGCCGGACGAAACCCUGAAGGGCAGCUCUAAUUACAACAGCGACGACUCGGCCGAGAUACAGAUACUCGGAGAUAAACUGUGACGCUCAGAACAGAUGAUGAGAGUGGAAAUAAACGCAAAAAAACUGUACUUUCCAUCCCUCUACGUCAUAUAGGAAAUAAGUGGAGAAAGGAAUGACUGGUAAAGAAAGUGCUCUCUAACCAUCCGGUUCUGAGCAUUGAAACGUACCUGGAACCCACUUGAAAUAUAUUUUCUGAAACGAAACCCUCUUAAGACGUAGCCUAAUGAUUUCACUGUGCAAUGUUCAUAAUGUCUAUGUAGGUUUACUUGGGGUUGUUGUGUAAAUUGAAGAGAAAAAAGAAUGCUCUGUUUAAGAUAUAUGGUUCUUCUCUACUCUUCUGAGGCAUAAUGUUGGAAUAAAUGUUUCUAUGUUGAAAAAAGUGUAUCCUCUCUUUUUUAAAUCAAAGGGAGGUUGCAAUAUGUA